AUGUUUUUCACCUGCGCACGCUGCGUCGUCGAGAGAAAUCGCGCAUUCGAUAUCGCAUCCACGCCCGCGCGUGUCGUUGAACCCGUCCCGAAACGAUUGCAAACGUCAAUGCUCGGCGCGCGUUCGUUCACAUCGCCCUGUUUCCUCGUCCGUCGACGCGUCAUCAUGAGCGAGCUGACGAAAAGAAAAGAGCGUCCGAUCACGAACUUCUUUAAGCCAGUGAACGCGACCGCGAAGUCCGCCGGCGACGAGACGGCAGGCGAUAAGACGACGUCGAACGGUUUCGUCCCGCUCAAAAAGUUGAAGGAAAAUAUGCCGAAACUGGAUGCGGAUGAACUUUCACCGUCGCCGUCGCCGAGCUCGUACGCGACUUUGAUCAAGGAUGAAUCAUGGCUCGACGUGCUGCGACCGGAGUUCGCGAAGCCGUACUGGAAGACGCUGGAAAAGUUUUUGGAGAGCGAGGAGAAGGCGAGCGCAAAGGUGUUCCCGCCGAAGGAGUUGGUAUUUAGGGCGUUCGAUUCGUGCGCUAUGUCGGGCGUUAAGGUGGUGAUCAUCGGCCAAGAUCCGUACCACGACGUCGGUCAGGCAAUGGGAUUGUGUUUUUCGGUGCCAAAGGGGGUGAGGGUGCCAUCCAGUCUGCAUAAUAUUUACAAAGAGCUGCGCACGGAUUUGAACUGUAAAAUUCCACAGCACGGAGACCUGACGCAGUGGGCAGAGCAGGGCGUGCUUCUGCUCAACGUCAGCCUCACCGUUCGCGCGCACCAGGCGAAUUCGCACUCUAAGAAGGGUUGGGAGAACUUCACGGACGCCGCGAUCCGAGAAUUGGCGAAAAACAGGAAAGGUUUGGUAUUUUUAUUGUGGGGCAAGAAUGCGCAGGACAAGGAAAAGUUGAUUUCCAAGGCAAACGACCAUUUGAUUCUGAAGUGCGCGCACCCGUCGGGUUUAUCGGCGCACAGAGGUUUUUUUGGCUGCAAGCACUUUUCUCAGUGUAACGCGUUCAUCGAAAAGAACGGUGGAACGCCCAUCGAUUGGCAGAUUGAAGGUCCGUACAGAACGUGA